UAAAUUUAAUUUAAAUGUCAUUUGUAUCCAGAAUAUCAUCAAAGUUUGGUAUUAUCACUUGUAUAGGAUGCACAUUGCAUUGCUUUUUUGAAUAUAUCUGUGAUUUUGUUGUUUGCUCAGGUGAAUCAAUGCAGCCGACAUUAUAUUCAAACAACAUACUCAUAUGUAGUAAGAUCGCACAACGUAAAAACACUUUUGAAAGGAAUGACAUCGUUGUUGCUAUUCAUCCAAAUCAACCUAAAAGUCUUAUUUGCAAGCGAAUGAUUGCGCUUCCAGGAGAUAUAGUUUUAAUGAACUCCACAAAAACUGAAGAUUCAGAGAACACAGGCUCUUCUGAUGUUCAAAAAAUCUACAUUAAACCAGGGUCUUGCUGGUUGGAAGGUGACAAUAGAGCAAAUUCUACUGAUAGUCGAAAUUACGGACAGAUUCCAAUUGGAUUAAUUAAAUCAAAAGUUUUAGUGCGUGUUUGGCCUCUUAGUGAGUUUAAGUUUUUUUAGUUUAUUAACCAUGUUUAAAUCGACCUAUAGUUGUUAAUUAAAUAAAGUAAUUUUUUUUUCAAUCAUCAAUCUUUUACAAAAUUCUCCUUAUCACCUUAAAAUUCUUCUGCUUUG